AUGUCUGCCAACGAGAACAGCGCUAUCACCACCACUCAACAAAUUCAGCCUCACCAGGAAACCUUGACUGAAAAGGUAGUUGAGGGAAAGCUCGAUUCUCUUGAAGGAAAUGCUCGUUACCUAGCUUAUGCUGGUAGAUUGCGUACAGCUCUUGCCGCUUCAUCUCGUUAUUUAGCGUAUACCUCGGAUGUGGGUGAGGCCUUCAGACCCAUUGUACCUCCUGCUGUUGUUACAGCUGCUUAUGGUAUCAGUUGGCUCUAUUUGGGUUUGGAUGUGAGCUAUGAAGGUUAUAAAUCUCAUCACGCUGGUCAAGAAAAUGCAGUGGUUGCUACUACCAUGGUCAAGAGAGGUGUGUUCCAAUCAUUGGCCUCCAUGGCUUUCCCUAUGAUGACUAUCCACUCCAUCGUCAAGUACAGUGCCUACGGAUUCAAAAAUGUAAAGAAUGUCAAGGUGAAAGCAUGGGGUCCUACAUUAUUGGGUCUCGGUAUUGUGCCCUUCUUGCCCUACAUCUUUGAUGAGCCCAUUGAACACAUUGUAGACAAGGUCUUCAAGCCUCUUGAAGAAAAGGUAUCACGUAACGUAGUUGCUCGCCUUGGCCACAACAAGACAGGUGAUGAUUUGCCUACUGAACAACAAGUAUUGGCCAAGGAACAAAUAGACAAGAAAGGCCAAUAA